AAAAAAAACUGUUUUAGAGAAUAGAUUACGCAGCAGAGUGCAACGCCUCUCUAAUAUAAACCCGUCGCGCAUCCAUCCUUCCGCGGCACAGACGCUGACACGCCACUCCUCUCCUUACUGCCGGCGCCACCACAGCGCACCGCCACCAUGCAGCUCGCCGCGCUGUUCACCGACCCCUUCGUGCUCUCCUGCGCUUUCUUCUGCCUCGUCCUCCACCUCGCGCUGCGCUCCCUGCUGCACCCUUCCUCCUCUGGCUUGGGCUCCCGCCUCCCGCCGGGUCCGCCCGGGCUCCCCAUCCUCGGCGCGCUGCCGCUCGUCGGCCCGGCCCCGCACGCCGGCCUCGCCGCGCUGGCGCGCAAGUACGGACCCAUCAUGUACCUCAAGAUGGGCACCUGCGGCGUGGUGGUGGCGUCGACGCCGUCCGCGGCGAGGACGUUCCUGAAGGCGCUGGACGCGCGGUACGCAAAUCGGCCCGCGGUGGCGAGCGCCGCGGACAUCACGUACAGCUGCCAGAACAUGGUGUUCGCCAACUACGGGCCCAAGUGGAAGCUGAUGCGGAAGCUGGCAAGUGUGCACCUUCUCGGGGCGCGCGCGCUCGCGGACUGGGCGCGCGUGCGCCGCGACGAGGCCGGCAGGCUGCUGCGGGGCAUGGCUGCGGCGAGUGAGGCCGGCCGCCCCGUUGUCGUGCCGGAGGUGCUCGUGUGCGCGCUCGCCAACAUCGUCGGGCAGAUCACCGUGAGCAAGCGGGUGUUCGACGCUCAGGGGGACGAGUCCAACAGCUACAAGGACAUGGUCGUGUCGCUGCUGACGGGCGCGGGGCUGUUCAACAUCAGCGACUUCGUGCCGGCGCUGGCGCGUCUGGACCUGCAGGGCGUGCAGGCGAAGCUGCGGCGGAUUCACCUCCAGUUCGACGGCCUCAUCACCAAGCUUCUAGCGGAGCACGCGGCCACGGCCGAGGACCGCGCGCGCGAGGGCCACCAAGACUUCGUCGACAAGCUCCGCGCCAGCAUGGACGCCGGCGCCGACGACGAGAGCGGCGAGACCAUCACCGAGGUCAACAUCAAGGGCCUCAUCUUCGACAUGUUCACGGCGGGCACGGACACGUCGUCGAUCAUCGUGGAGUGGGCGCUCGCGGAGAUGCUCAAGAACCCGUCCGUCAUGGCGCGCGCGCAGGAGGAGGUGGACCGCGUCGUCGGCCGCGGUCGCCGCCUCGAGGAGUCGGACCUUCCCAGCCUCCCCUACCUGCAGGCCGUCUGCAAGGAGGCCAUGCGGCUGCACCCGUCCACGCCGCUCAGCCUCCCGCACUUCUCCUUCGACGCCUGCGACGACGUCGACGGCUACCACGUCCCGGCCAACACCCGGCUGCUCAUCAACAUCUGGGCCAUCGGCCGGGACCCGGCGGCGUGGGAGGCGCCUCUCGAGUUCCGGCCCGAACGGUUCCUGCCUGGCGGGGCGGCGGCCAAGGUCGACCCGCUGGGGAACUACUUCGAGCUCAUCCCGUUCGGCGCCGGCCGGAGGAUCUGCGCCGGGAAGCUGGCGGGCAUGGUAUUCGUGCAGUACUUCCUGGGGACGCUGGUGCACGCGUUCGAGUGGCGCCUGCCGGACGGCGAGGAGAAGCUGGACAUGACCGAGACGUUCGGGCUCGCGCUGCCCAAGGCCGUCCCGCUCCGCGCCAUUGUCACGCCGCGGCUCGUGCCGGACGCCUACGCGUGACUUGUGACACGCCUGCAUGGGCAUGCAUGCAUGUGACCGCGCGCGCGUGGUGAGGGUGCACGGUUUGAUGUUGCCUGGGUGCCUGCGUACCUUUUCUUUUAUGCCCGUACCUUUGGAAUUUCAACACAUAUACGUGUGUCAUACGUAUAAAGCCAAAAUGUGAACAUAGUACCGCCACCGAUGAGGUACGUUGCUA